AUGGAUUCUCAAAAUUUUGACUUAUUACCCCUUGUCUCCCUUUUCCUCUUCAUCCUUGUGGCGCUAAACAUUGCAAGGAAUCUCAAGAAAAAAACCUCAUCUCCAAACCUACUACCAGGACCAUGGAAGCUACUUAUUAUAGGACACCUUGGAGAGAUCUUUGCAGUUGUUGUUUCCUCACCAGAGUAUGCUAAGGAGAAAAAUAUGCACAAUGGAGCUUUUAACGCAAAAGCGUCAAGGAUCGGGAUCCGCCAUCAACAUCACUCAACUUGUGGUGCUUUUGCUAUUAUUACAAAGGCUGCACUUGGCAAGAACUGCAAAGUGCAAGAAGAGCUUGCGUGUUUGGGAAAUGGAGAAUCUGUUGCGGGAGGUUUUGACAUAGGUGAACUGUUUCCAUCUGCUAAAUGGCUUCAAGUUGUUUCUGGUUUGAGGCCGAAACUCGAGAGGCUGCAUAGACAAAUUGAUGAGUUGCUAGUAAAGGUUAUUAUUGAACAUAAGGAAGCUAAGUUGAAAGAAAAUCAAGGCCAAUGUGGUGAAGUAGAAGAAGAUCUAGUAGAUGUUCUUCUAAAUUUUCAGUGUGGUAAUGAUAGUUUGAAAAAGGGGUCUAGAGGGUAUAUAGAAUGA